AUCAGCAACAGCAACAGCAACAGCGCCGAGGUUUCAAUGGGCAAAACGACCGCGACCGCUUCACCCAGCAUUCGCUGGUCGCCCAUGAAGAGGAGCUCCUCCCUGGUCUUCUCUAUGUCGCCCUCGCCGGUCUCUCCGGAUCUCUUGUUGCCCGCCAGAGAAAUAUCCUGAUCCGCAUGUUUUCUCCAUUGGCCUUCGCAACAGCCGCGGGUGCGUACUUCCUGCCAAGCACGACUCACUCAAUCAUUGAAUCCAUCGGCGGUCCCAGUUCCGCGACCUGCGCUCAGCACCCCAGCGACAGAUUCCAGAACCGUGGUUCCUCAUCCUCCGAGACCAUGCCCACUGGCGGCAUGCCUGUCAGAAGCGAGUUGACAUCUCGGGCUCGUGAAGCCUGGCAUCAAGGCGAGUCUCGCGCCGAGGAGAUCGGAAACAAUCUCCGUGAGGAUGCACACGACAGUGCCCACAAGGCUCAGAACAGGUGGAACCAACACUCGCACGAAGCACAAGAUCACCUGGAACAUGCCCGCCAUGAUGUCCACGACACGACACGAAAGGCUAAGCAGAAGGCAUCGAGCGCCUCGUCCUGGUUCCACAUCAAGGCCGAUGAGGUUGAGGAUUCUGUCGAGGACAGGGCCAAAGAGGCACAUCAAUGGUGGAACAGCAAAUCGUCCGAGGCCGAGACCAAAGUUAAGGAUAUGGAAUCCAAGGCCAAAAACGCGACCAAGGAGACCAAGCAUUGGUUGAAUGAAAAGUCCUCGGAAGCGGAAGACAAGGCCAAGGAGCUCCAUGACAAGGCUGAAGACGCCACAGAGCAGGUCAAGCACUGGUGGAACACCACUUCCUCUGAGGCCCAAGACAAGGCGAAGGAGCUCGAGGUCAAAGCCAAGGAGGCGACUAAAGAGGCCAAGCACUGGUGGAGCAAGAGAUCGGAGGAUGUCGAGGAACUGAAGGAAAAGACUAAAGAAGUGUCCAAGCAGGCUGGCGAAAAGAUCGAAGUGCUCAAGGAAAAGUCCAAGGAUGUCUCUAAGCAGGCCGGCGAGAAGUUGGAUGAGCUCAAGGAAAAGUCCAAGGAUGCCAAAGUCUGGGUUGAGGACAAGGCUCAUGACGCUGAGAAGGUGGUCGAGGAUGUCUCUGCAAAGGCCACGGAUGCAGCCAAAAAGACUAAGGAUUGGGUGGAGGAAAAGCAGACCCAAGUCGACAAGAAGCUGGAGGCGUCGGUCAAGGAUGCAGACGAAUGGUGGAAGACCCAAGCUGCUGCGGAGGAGGAGAGGAACAAGGAAUUUUUAGCUGCCGAGAAGAAGAGGGCCGAGAGGGCUUGGUUCCAUCGUCGUUCUGAAGGCAAGGCUUUAACAUCUCCAUCAGCUGAGCAUCAUGAUGAUGAACAUCCCCACAAGCGUUGGUGGUCCAGUCGUAAGGGUGCUGCCGGUGCAGUCGACACCGCCACAGCCUACACCACCAGCGACAGCUACAUGGAUGGUAUUUUGGACACGAAAGACAUUGCCGAACACGGGUCCUCAAACCGCUUCGACAAGGCCGAAGACGACCAGACCUCUGAUCGUUAUCACCCCUACCAUCCUCGCACAUGGGCCGAAGGAGAUGCGUACUUGCUUGUUCGUCCCCGCGAGUCCGAAUACUGGUCUAACGGCGAGGAAAUGGGCACUGCUAAUGUCCGGGAUGUCGAUUAUUAUACAUAUCCUGGCAGCUUUGCCGGAAGCUCCCUUGGUCGUUCAUCUUGGUGGAGUCACCGCGCCUCCGAGAGUGAGCAGGCAAUGUCAUCCCUCAAGGACAAGGCAGAGUCGCUCGCCUGGGAAACCAAGCAGGCAGCCGAGAGAGCCGCUCUGGAUUUCGCCAACCAGCUCGCCCACGAGCAGGCUGCACUCGAAAAGGCCGCCGAACAAGCCAGGCUUCGUGCUGAGGAAGCCGCUCGUCGAGCCAGGGCACAGAGCGAGAUCCUCCUCCGCGAGCGUCAGGCAGCCGUCGAGAGAGCUGCCAAGGAGAUGGAGGCCCGGUUCGCAGCUCAGCAGUUGGCGGCUGAACGUGCAGCAGCCGAUGUCAAGGCUAAGGCUCAAGCCUGGGAGGAAGAGCAGCGUCUCUUGGCCCAGCAGGCCGCCAAGGCUGUCGAGGAACGUCUCGCCCUUGAAAAGGUGGCUGCAGAGAAGACCGCUGCCCAGCUUAAGGCUCGUGCUGAAGAUUGGGCGCGUCUGCAGAAGGAGCAAGCCGAGCAUGCUGCCAAGGAGAUCCAUAGCCGCGUCCUUCAUGAGACUGCCACAGCAGAUAAGAAUGCCAAGGAGACCAAAGCAGCCCUCGAGGCCAGAAUCCAGGCGGAAAAGAUCGAGGUCGAACACAAGGCUCGCGAGCUUGAAGAGAGAAUUCGUUUGGAAAGGAUCAACGAGGAGAAGGUGCAGGCAGAGCUGCGCUCACGCGCCGAAGCCAUGGCCAAGAAGGCUGACCGAAUCGCAACAGAGAAGGCUCAGGAGGCCGCGCUGGAGGCCAAACGUCGCGCUGAGGCUGCAGAACUCGCAAGGAAGCGCCACGCCGAGCUCGCUGCCAGGGAGAUCGAGCAUAUGAAGGAGAUUGAAAAGGCAGAAGCUAUCGCUCGUGAGGCUAAGGCUCGCGCCGAGUCUCUAUUGCAAGAGAAGAAGAAAGCUGGUGAGCGUGCUUUAAAGGACCUGGAGGAGCGCCUUGCUACUGAGCGCAAUGCAGCUGUUUCCCGCGAGGUCAAUGCCCAUGCUGAUUCCCUGGCUGUCGAGAAGAGAUUGACGGAAAGUCGCGCUGCGCGGGAGCUCCAGCAGAAGCAUGUGCUGGAGCAGGCUGAGGCUGCUGCUCGCGAUGCACGCGCCCGUGCCGAUGCGUUGAUCAAGGAGAAGAAGGUUAUUGUUGAGAGCGCGUCCAGGGAGUUGCAGCAGAAACUGUCGCUCGAGAAGGCCGAGGCAACUGCUCUGGAGGCGAAGCGCCGUGCUGAGGCACUCUUAGCUGAGACGAAGCGCGCUGUUGAGAAAGAGGCCAAGUCUUCUUGGGGCUGGAUCUGGCCAUGGUCGUCGUCCUCGUCCUCUCCAUCGGACGCUUCGGUCGAGGGUACAGCGAGUACCGGAAGCCUCAAGGAGCACGUUGUCGAGGAUAUCAAGCAGACCAAAGACGAUAUUCAGAGUGGUCUUUCACACAUGAAAGAAACCGUCAGUGGUGGUUUCCCCACCCGAGCCAACGCAAGCAAGCAGUCUGACAAGGACACUGCCGCGACCGGCUCUACUGAACGCCGCUCAUGGUGGUCUUCUGGUUCGUCAUCUUCGGCUGCUCCCGACAAGGCUAGCGAGCUCGGACGCAACGUCGAGGCCGCCGCCAUCAAGGCCGAGAAGGAUGUCAAGGCGCGCGCCUCACAGGUUGGAAAGGACGUGAACGAGACUGCCAAGAAGGCUUACGACAAUGUCGUCGAUGCAGCCUCGACCGUUCAAGACCAGCGCUCUACUGUCCACGCAGCAGCACACGGUCAUGAGCACCAGGGCCAAGCAACCACAGAUGAUCACCACCACCUGAUGGAUCACAUCCGCGAGGAUCUCCGCCAGACCAAGGAGGAUAUCCAGCAUGGCGUUGAGCACUUGAAGGAGACCGUGUUUGGAGCCGAGCAUGCUGCUGAAAAGGCCACGGAGCAGGCUAAGGGAUGGUGGGGCUACAAGACUAAGGAGGCCGGAAAGAAGCUUGAUAGUGCACAGGGGGAAGUGAAUGCCGGCCUGAACAAGGCCGGAGAGAAGCUGCGCGAGAUGGACCGCGAGGCCCGUGACUCUGACGCGGAGUUCUGGUUCAAGACGGAGCAGAAGCAGCAGCAGCAGCAGCAGCAGCGCGAGCGCCGUGAAUCUGGACGCGCAAUGUAGUAUCUAAUUUUGGCA